AUGGAUCCUCCACUAGUGAACGAUUCCUCCUUCUCUGCAGCCAAUCCUUCCUCUUACACUCUCUCCGAGAUUUGGCCUUUCCCUGUAAACGACGCCGUUCGCUCCGGUCUCCGUUUAGCUGUCAAUCCCGGUCGAAACUUCACUCGCUCUGUGCUAGUCGAACAUCCCGGCAAUAAAGACGUCUCCGCGGCCGAGGAAUCUACUGUCACCGACUUAACUGCUGGCUGGGGAGGAAGAAAGACUAGAGAUUUGAACUCCGAAGACGAUUCCUCAAAGAUGGUUUCUUCCAGCAGCAGCGGUAAUGAAUUGAAAGAAUCGGGUGGUGAUAAGAAAAGAAAGAUGUGUGGAUCUGAAAGUGGAAAUGGGGAAGGUUCGGUGAGACCUGAAGGGGAAACAAGUUCGGGUGGUGGAAGCAAAGCAAAUGAACAGAAGAACAAACCGGAGCCGCCAAAGGAUUAUAUCCAUGUGAGAGCAAGAAGAGGACAAGCUACUGAUCGGCAUAGUCUAGCUGAGCGAGCUAGAAGAGAAAAGAUCAGUGAGAAAAUGACAGCUCUUCAAGAUAUAAUUCCAGGAUGUAAUAAGAUAAUCGGAAAAGCUCUUGUGCUCGAUGAGAUUAUCAAUUAUAUACAGUCAUUGCAGCGGCAAGUUGAGUUUCUGUCAAUGAAGCUAGAAGUUGUUAACUCAAGUGCGGCUACCGGAGUAUUUCCUUCCGGGGAUCUUGGGACUUUACCUAUUGACGUUCAUCGGAAUAUAUAUGAGCAACAAGAAGCUAACGAACCACGAGGAUCUCAUCCGGAGUGGCUCCAUAUGCAGGUUGAUGGGAACUUUAACCGGAGCACAUAA